CCACCAAAAUGGUGAAGGGUCAGCAGUGGGGAGUACGACGCCGUAUUUGUCAUUUGCACAUACAUAUAUAGCAUUUGAUAAACAAGAGCGGCUCCCAAUUGGAAUCGAAAACCCUAAACCCUAUACACAGAUAAACCCUAGGAUAUGAAUACUUCACAGAAGCCCUCAAAAAUAAAAUUCGAGUACGAGGAAGACAAUGAAUUGGAAGGAACAGCAACAGGUAGCUCCAUUCUCGAAGAGGAUUCUGCCAUGUGUGACCUCGACGGCUCUCUCAUCGGCGCCGACCAGACCAGCGCCGACUAUUACUUCGAUUCCUAUUCUCACUUCGGUAUUCAUGAAGAGAUGCUGAAGGAUGAAGUGAGAACCAAGACUUACCAAAAUGUGAUUUAUAAAAAUAGCUUUUUAUUUAAGGACAAGAUAGUACUCGAUGUAGGUGCUGGAACAGGGAUAUUAUCUCUCUUCUGUGCCAAAGUGGGGGCAAAACACGUAUAUGCGGUUGAGUGCUCUCAGAUGGCGGACAUGGCACAUGAAAUUGUCAAGGCUAAUGGUUUUUCUAAUGUUAUAACAGUUUUGAAAGGCAAAAUUGAGGAAAUUGAGCUUCCAGUUCCACAAGUGGAUAUUAUAAUUUCUGAAUGGAUGGGAUAUUUUUUGCUGUAUGAAAACAUGCUUAAUACAGUUCUAUAUGCUCGGGAUAAGUGGCUAGUUAACAAUGGACUUGUGCUACCUGAUAAAGCUGCUCUCUAUUUGACAGCAAUUGAGGAUGCUGAGUACAAAGAAGACAAAAUUGAUUUUUGGAACAAUGUAUAUGGGUUUGACAUGAGCUGCAUUAGGAAGCAAUCCAUGAUGGAACCGCUUGUUGACUCUGUUGACCAGAAGCAGAUUGUUACAAAUUGCCAGAUGCUCAAAACCAUGGACAUAUCGAAGAUGACAAUGGGCGAUGCUUCAUUUACCGCCCCUUUUAAGCUCACAGCAGAACGUGAUGAUUACAUUCACGCUCUUGUAGCAUACUUUGACGUGUCAUUUACGCAGUGUCAUAAAUUGACAGGCUUCUCAACAGGGCCAAAGUCGCGGGUGACACACUGGAAGCAGACAGUACUAUACCUAGAAGACGUGCUCACAAUAUGUGAAGGGGAGACAAUAACUGGGAGCAUGACCGUGUCACAAAACAAGAAAAAUCCUCGUGAUAUUGACAUCACUGUCAAGUAUGCAUUAAGUGGUCGACGGUGUGCAAUCUCGAGAACCCAAAGUUACAAAAUGCGGUAGUUUCUACAGUUCUGGUGGCUUACAGAAAGUUGGAUUUUGUACAAUGAGGGAAUGCCCACAUAUUCUUAUUGAAGUUGGAAGAUCCCCAUCUGUUUGAAUUAUAUGUCACGUACUUUUGUGAUUGAUUUUUAGAUGCUCAGUAGUUUGUUUAAGCCUUCUAUUCCCCUUUGCCCCUUUCAUAUAUAAUCCAUGGAUUGAUUUUUUGAAACCUUGAUGUAAGGAGCUGAAUGUAACAUUAUAUAUUUUAGGAAUAUAAUUUAUGGAUUUUUUCUUGGAUUACUA